GGAAAAUGGAAAACAAAAAAGGAAGUGUGGAAGUUGUGUCAAUUUUUCUGCAAAAGCAACGCCAAAGCAAAGUCUUCUCUUUCACACCUUUCAAUCCAUUUCAUUUUCCUUUAUUUCUCUUUUUAUAAUCUCCGAAAGACACACAAACACAGAGCUAUGGUGAUUGAAAGAAUCUAGGGUUUACUGGACGCCAUUUUUUCUCUCUCUAAAAACCCCAAUAAAGCUCCCCUUUAAUUCAUACUUCCUUUCUCUGCUGGAUUUUCUCUCUUUCGCAGCUCGAAGCUUCUGUUCUCACAGCAAAGCUUGAAUCUUGUUAUGAUUUCGCAAGGCCCCUCUGCUCAAGAAAUGAAUCCCAUUUCCCCCCAUUUGCCCCCAUUUUUCUCUUGUUGAGCCUCGUUUAAUCAUCUCUGUGAUUACUGUAACCAAGUGCGUGUUUUUUGAUUUCUAUAAUUUUUCAGAGUUGCUUGCCAAAAAUGGCGGUACCUGUAUUUGGGUUUUGAUUUUUUUUUUUUCUUCUUUAGCUUGUUGAAGAUCUAUCGAGCUAGAGUAUACUUCAGAUUUCUACUUUCUCCCUCAAUUUUUUCCCCCCAUUUGCUUCAAUUUUUUCUGUUCACCCCUUUCCCAUCCCAUGUACUGCUUGAAUUUGGGAAUUUAGGGUUUCCCUUAUGUGAUUUUAUCCCUUUCCUUGUCUGAAGAAGAAGAUGAUGGAGGAGGUCGAAAGGGCAAACAUCGCCGCCGUCGAGAGCUGCCACCGGGUAAUCUCCAUCCUAUCCCAACCACACGAUCAGAACCACCUCCGAACCCUAUCCGACCAAACCGGCCAAGCCGUCCACAAGUUCAAGCGAGUCAUCUCCCUCCUCGGCUCCGGCUGCGGCCACGCCCGCGUCAGAAAGAGCAGAAAAAUCCAAACCCCUGUCCCGCAAAGCAUCUUCCUAGAAAAUCCGAUCCCCAAAACAGAGGAUCACCAAAUAAUCCCCAAACCCCUCAGUCUCCUCCAAAUCAACCACGACCGUGAACCACCGCCCGCCGCCCAUAACAGCCUCUCUCUGAAAACCUCUUCACUCGACCUCCACCUUGCCCAGCAGAAAUCGCCUCUCUCGAGCUACCAUUUUAUGCAGAAUCAGCAGCAGAGGCUUCAGAUUCAGCAGCUGAAGCAUCAGGCAGACCUCUCGUACAGGCGAAGUAGCAGUGGGGUUAGCCUGAAUUUCGACCGGUCAACCUGCACUCCCUCCAUGUCAUCUGCCAGGUCAUUUAUCUCUUCAUUGAGUAUGGAUGGAAGUGUGGCCAAUUUGGAUGGGAAUGGGUUUCGUCUAUUGGGUGGCGCACGCUCUGCAGAUCACGGCUCGUUUCAUCAUAAGAGGAGUUGUUCGAGCAGAGGCGAAGAUGGGAGUGUCAAAUGUGGUGGAAACAGUAGAUGCCAUUGUUCGAAGAAAAGAAAGCAUAGGGUGAAGAGAUCCAUCAAAGUGCCUGCAAUAAGUAACAAAUUAGCUGAUAUACCGCCGGACGAAUACUCGUGGAGGAAAUAUGGUCAAAAACCAAUCAAAGGUUCACCUCAUCCUAGAGGAUAUUAUAAAUGCAGCAGUAUGAGAGGCUGCCCCGCAAGGAAGCAUGUGGAGAGGUGCUUAGAGGAGCCCUCGAUGCUCAUCGUCACUUACGAUGGCGAACAUAACCAUCCGAGGUUACCUUCACAAUCGGCCAACACAUGAAAAGUCAGUUGGAAACUUUGUCGAUUAUUUUGUCAAAGCCUUGGAACCUAAUUUGUCAGUCCUUUUGUCUCAACUGGCUUAUGAUUUUUGCUUGUGUACAUAUAUAUAUAUGGCUUGUUUAUGUCGUAAGCGUAUUUGAAAUUGGGUUGUAUGUGGGGUCCAUUGAUCUUUUUGAGGAUUUCUAGUUUUAAGAAUUUGGUUGAAACUGAAAGCAAGCCAAGAUUUCUGGGUUUUGUUGAUUGUAAGGAAGGAUGGAAGUUCCUUUGUUGUUAGGAUGACUAUUGUUUGAGAAGUAUGGAGUUUUGUUCCUCCCAUUUGUGUC